UCCGUCGGCUCUACUAUCUCGCAGAGGGGCCAUCACACAGGACACUCACCCUCCCCCGACGCCUGCAACAAUCCUCGCUUUCGCAGUCGACACUCCCUUGGAGGAAACCAAUCCCUUUUUAUCAUAAGUUGAGGCGUCAACUCUUUCUCAGCGUCUUCCAGCCCAUCAACCCGCCCACCACUUCUCCCAAGCCAGCCACUACUCGUAAGCCCAAUCUCUACGUCCCGCGGCGGCAGGGAAAGACGAAGAGCCAGCCGCACGCUCCGCGACACAACGGCAGAUACCCUCCUCCCGAGCCCCCCGCGCAGCACUGUGUCGGCCCGCUCGCUCAUGCCACUCGCCUUCCUGAGGAGGAGGUUCAUCCCGCCAUCACCCCCCCUUUCGCCACGACGAUCUCCUUCUCCACCACCACCAGCAGCAGCAGCAGCGUCAAGACCACCACGACCAACGAUGGAUUUCUCCCCGUAACCGAACAAAGACCGUCCGUUCUCUGCCUCAGUACGGCAGCGGGGAUGCCAAUCUCCCACAUCCUCCUCCCGCCCGCCUCCUUUCUCCUCUUCCCCCGACCCCAGCCCCCAUCCGCCACGGUGCUCAUCACCACCACAACCACUGCGACAGGCCCUCUUCCCUCCCGCCAGCCGGCGCCGCCUGGCCGACACAAACACCGCCAGCAGGAAGAGGACGACCGUGAGGACGGCGGCCGAGGUGACUAGGACGAUCUGCAGCGGAGAAGGGUCGCCCGGGGUCGCGAGCGUCCUUACCUCCGCCCUGGCUUGGGCAGGGGCUGGGUUGACGGAGCGGGAGCGGGGACUUCUGCGUCCCAUGAUGUUGUCGUUGGCUGUUUGUGUUUGCUGUUGCGUAGAUGUCUGGAGUGAUGCCGAGGGGGUUGCUGGUCGUUGAUCAGUUAUUGUCGUUGUUGCUAUUUGGACACACGGUCGUGGUUCGACGGGCUA